UUACAACUGAGGCCACUAGCACAGCACGUGGAGACACUCAGUCGACCACCACUGGAGCAACUUCGACUACUGUCGCUGGAGGUAACGCAACACAGUCCUCAACACCUAAAGGGUCAACUCAAGAGACAACUUCUCAAUCUGGCACAACAGAGAAGAAUGUGUCUACCACCAUUUCAGCAUUGCCCUUGCUCUUCAGCCUUGUCCCCAUGACUCUUUUGUACUUGGUCAGAUUUUAG